CCUUUCUGCUUCAAAGACCCCUUCUCCAGCGCUCUCCGUGAUGCUGUAAUCGGCACAACUAGCUUUCUCUCCAUCCGAGAGGAUUGCCUCAGUCGCUCUGCAAGUACGGCUUCCCUCCAGCUAUUUUUAGCCCUGACUGUCCCCAAGGGCCUUGAUCGAACGUGUUGACUUCCCCGGUCAGUCGAUGAGAUUACCGCGACCAAGCAGCACGGACUGUUAGCAUCCACAUCGCUGAACAAGACGACCAAACAUCGUUGUUGAUAUGUUGUGUGCAUGACAAUUACUUGAGCGCCGUGAGGGAUGUUGAUCUAAGGGAAUCGGCAGUGACGAGCGCAGCCGAGACCCGGGCUUUCUCCCAGCAGACGACGAGCAGACGACACAAGCAGCAGACGUGAUUUCUUCCAUCAGCAGACGUUAAUGACUGAUCGCUGGGAUAAUCCCACGUGGUGACAUCUUUCAUCAAUAUGAUUUCGAUGAGUGGAGUUUCGGUGAUUUUUGUGAUCUGUUUGAUUUACCUACAUACUUGUAAUGGAAAUAGCCACCACCCGCCAGUAAUGGCGACGCCUGGUACUGUGAAAAUCGUCUGUCUCCUGGAUUUACAUCGCACGACUUCGGACACAGAUCAUAACAUAUGUAAUACAUCGAACCCGUACGUUCUACAGAUGGCUUUCGUUGCGUUAUGGAAACUGGAUAAUAUGUUAAAACAGACGGGAUCACAAUCAAUCGGUAUUUCUGUAUACGACACCUGUGGAUCCAAGGAACGCGCUGUCCGUAUCAUCAGCUCUGCCAUCAGUGAUACUGUUAAAGUGGGAGGUGUCAUAACUUAUACGUCCCCGGGCGUGACGUCAGCUGUGAAUGGUGUACUACGUCACUUGAAUCUGCUGCACCUUGACAUAACCGAUGACGUCAUUUCAUGCCGAGAAGAUGUCAACUGCAUCAGCAUGUCCCUUGCCUCAAGAGCUAAGUCAGAGGCAGUUCUCGAGCUUACACGACACCUAAACUGGACCUACGUGAGCACCGUUUCGCUCCCCAACACCCGGGCCGUCGCCGAGGAGCGUCUUUUUGCAGACAUGGUCGCCAUUGAUAAAGUGUGUUUAUCGGAACGCCGUGUUGUCAGCAACGUGCAAGGCAUUACAAGCGCUGUCUCCAGAAGCACCUCGAAAGGAAUUGUUGUCUUCACUGGAGAUGCUUCUCUAGACGGCGUCUUCACCCUCACUCUUGAAACUCCCAAGACCGCAAUAGUUGUAUCUAAAGAGUUAUUGUCCAACAGACACCAGCAGGACAGAUACAUCGAAGUAACCGAUUCAGAUAUGAACCUUGUAGGAUUUGGAGAAUUCCUCAAUGCCUUUACUGAAAACACAACCUUGCAAUGGAUUCGUAACACUAGCUAUUUCCAAGGAACGUGUUUUGUGGCCGGAAGUGACGUGACAGCCAUGAUAUCAUCAUGCAUCAAACCAGAAUCAAAUCCAGGAUCCUUGGCAAUGUUAGAUGCCGUAGAGAUUGUCAGUGGUGCUCUGACAUUAGCAUUGAAUAUGUCCUGUUCAGCGUAUGACGUUCUGGCAUGUCCGGCAUUGGCCAUGGCUGUAACACCAGUGUCCAUUAGACAACGUGCCAACUACACACAGAGGUCUGGGGAGCAUGAACAACUGUUGGUGGAACAGAAUACACGAGUAAUUUUUGCAACUACAUCGCCAUGGCCCGUUAACCUGACAGAGGUCCAGACCAAACAUGGCAGUCUUCAACUUCCGCAGUUUCUCCCCGAGAUGUUCUACAACUCACACUGCCACGGCUUCUGUUCUGGGUGUGACAUCUGCAAACCAAUAAUAACAUCCAACGAGAGAGUCGUGGUCCAAGAGGGUACACUAUACAUCGUGGGAGUAUUUCCCAUCCACAAGUCAACAUCCGGUGUAGCAUGCGCAGAUCCCAACAUUCCAGGAUUUCGAGUAGCUCAGGCGUUCACCGCAGCAGUUGGUCGGAUCAACUCAACAGGUCUCGUGAAGGAUCUACCAGCUGGUGUAUCAAUUGGUUGGGUUAUGUUCGACUCUUGUGGCGACACAACCUGGUUUGAGAGAAAGCACCAUGAGAUUGACACGUGCUUGUAUAAAUAUAAAGAUGCCAACGAGAAAGAUGUUAUUAUUCAACCAGCUAGAACCAUUGCCUAUAUCAACCUCGAUGGAAACAGGAACCCAGAAACUUCACAGCCAACAGCAAUUGUGUCAAAUUUCGGAAUCGGUAUGGAAGGGCAGGCUGCUCAAUAUUACACUGAAGCAGUCAUAUCUACUCUUAUUAAAGUGAAAUGGACAUAUGUAUCCCUCAUACAUUCGAACGACGACCACUCCUCCAACAUAUUAGGCCUUCUCAACAAGAAGCUAGCCCAAACAUCCAUCUGUUUCGACAGAGUUUAUAACAUCACCACAAUAUCAGCAUCAGAGGCUAUGAGAAAAGCAACAGCUGAAACCGAAACCGUUAUCCUCCUCACGAACACCACAGACACCGAGAUUAUCCUAGCAAGUAUGACUCCAAGUGGAAGAAAGUAUCGCUUUGUGAUGUUCACGUGGAACGUGGGAGCACUCUCCGGCAAAAAUCUCAGUUCCGUUGUGGAGGAGACUCUCACUGUGUGGCCUAAAUCAGUGUCCAGCUCCCUCGAUGGCGGUAUAGACAUGUCUGGUAAUCCUUGGUUCGAAGGUUUUCAAGGGUCCACCAACAUCUCAUCCAAACCAGAGUUCUUUGCUGAUCAAGAGAUGUCCGAAUCCUUACUUGUAUUUGAUGCUGUCGGUGCUCUUGCAAGGCAGAUUAACUUGGCCUACACAGUACUGUGUCCAAAAAAGGACGGACUUUGUGAUGCUUUCACAGAUUUUGAAAAUGUGAAGUCACACAUCCAAUCACAGAAAAAUUCGAUUCGUGCACAGUAUGAAAUCUCUGUACAACGUUUUCUCAACGAUGGGACAAUUGUAUCGGAAAAGAUCGGCACAGUUGGGACAGACGGUGAAGCCGAACUCAUCUUGGAUGGAACAGCAGUUCUACCAUCUUCGAGUGAAUGUGACGGAUGGUGUCCAAGAUGUCAACGAUGCCAGGGGGACCCGUCCCCCUCGAACAGAUCACUGUAUCUCCCUGGUGAUGUCAUAGUGGCGGGGAUUCUCCCCCUCAGGAACAGCGAACAAGGAGGCCUGAAGUGUGGGCAUCUGUCCACAUCAGCUGAAUCCGAACAAGUUGUGGAAGCGUUCAUGUUUGCAGUGGAGACUUUCCGCAGACGCUACCCGUACCUCCUGCCCAAUGUGAAAGUUGGGGGCUUGGUGAUUGACUCCUGUUCAGAUGCAAGCACCGCAGUUCAGAAGGUUGUGAAUUUUGAAACGUGUACGACAACUUUCAACACCAACGCUGAUGCUCCUCCACAUCCUUCCCAGACCCUUGGCUACCUCCUCUACGGCAACCAGGGUGACCUACAGCAGCUGGAACAGUGUGUAUCCGCAGUUGAUAAACUGUCAGUUGCCACUGUAUCAGACUGGGGAGAAAGUAGCACCAACACUUACUUAACCAUCGACUACGAAGCCAGAAGCGAGGUAUCAGCAAUAGUGCAAACAUUAACCUUCCUCAACUGGACUCAGGUAGUACUAAUCAUAUCGGACAAGGACGUAUUCAGAUCGAAGUCGGACCUUCUUUUAUCUCAAACAGCUGUGAAGUCAAUCUGUGUUUCAAAACUUAUAAGGUUUAAUGGAACAAUCCUGAGCUCGCUUCAAUAUGCUACGAGCCAGCUUACCUUAACUGGAUUUGUUCCCAUCGUAGUGAUGGCAUCAAAAGAAGACACAGUCCGAUUGUUCCAGGACAGCAGUGUAAAGAGAGUUCCUCGCACAUGGCUCAUAAGCACGUCGGCUACAGACUGGUCAGUCCUCAGCGACCUGAAUGUUCCAACAGGAACACUCCUCUUGGACAGAAAUGGUAAACUGAGUCCAGCUUUUGCCGACUUCUACACAAGCAUGCUUGUAGGAAGGAACGCCUCGUCCUGGUGGCAGCAGUACUGGGAGGACAAGACCAGAUGCUCUCUGACAGAAACAUCUCCAUAUCUACAGCCCUGCUCGGCAACCGCCGUUCAAAGACCAAUGCCAUCGCAGGUCGCCACGAGGAUCAUACUCGGAGUUGACGUCAUACUGCACGCGGUGCACAAUCAGUAUGUGACGUCCUGUGACCAGAAGAGGGGAUUCUGUAGGCGCUUCGCUGACGAAGGAAUAGGACGAGUCCCUGCCUCAGCGAAAGCCGUGGCAUUUGAGUUUGAGGACGAAAUCAUCAAGUUUGCGGAAUCAGGGAAGUUGGUGUCAUCGUACAGUCUCCUCAGCGUGCACCCCAAGGGAAGGGUGAAGGCUGGAGAAUGGCGGAGUGGUCAGCUUCAACUGGACGCCAGCAAACUCUACUACAUAGACGGACAAACGUCUGCCAACGUUGCCCACUGCCACAGCAAAUGCAUCUGCCUCAACAAUGUCACCACCAAGCGCAACGUCACACCGGCGGAUGCUGUUUUCUACGAAACCUCAGGAAGAUUUAACGGGGAGCUGUGGGCCACAAUCAUAGUCACCAUAUCAGCAGCCGGCGCCUUCGUCACCUUCAUUCUCAUCUUCUACGUUAUCUACAAAGUCUGCGCAGGCGCACUGGCCAAGCGCUACGUUGGACUAGGUCUCCUCCUGCUUGUGGGAGUUCUCCUCCUUUACUUGGCUGUUCUACCAUUUGUGUUCACACCCUCCGAUACGGUGUGUGGCCUACGUUUUUUCGCACCGGGUUUUACAUACUGUUUGUGUUUUGCUACCGUCUUUAUAAAAAUGACAUCAAUCCGGGACUAUAAGCUGAUUGGUUUAGGCGGGGAAGUAUCCAAUCUGAACCAAUUCUUAUCCGUAUUUUUCGUCACAAGUGUCCAAAUUGCGAUUGGGAUUCAGUAUUGGGUUUUAAAAGCUCCUUUCGUCACAGAAAAAUCAACCGGCUCUCAGACAUUCUACGCAUGCGCGUUCCAACGAAGCGAGUUCCUUGUGUAUUUGGUGUACGUCAUGUUUUUGCUCGUUCUCAGCUCCUUAUAUGGAAUCGGGGUGCGCAAAGAGCAAAAGAACAUGGGUGAAGCGCGUCUCCUGUUAACCAGCAGCUGGCUGUGUGUAUUUGUGUGGGUGGCGUGGACAAUUGUCCUCAUGGUCCUGGACGUGACGCUAAUUGAACCAGUGGUCAGCGCGGGAAUCAUGGCGUGCGCGACGCUCAUGCUCACCGUCAUAUUCAUUCCAAAAAUACAUAUGGUCGCCAGGCUGAAAUAUGACGUCUCCAAACAAACAAAUUCCAUGCAGAAUGGAUACAAGGUGGAUCCAGAUUUCAUGUUCGAGAGGCCAUACUCUCUUCCAGGAACCUUAACAAGCUCAUACUCGUCGGUGAAAACCUACCCCAAGAGCAUUGAACAUUUUGACUCGUCAUUGAGUUACUAGUGAUGCCAGUAACACUAAACCUAUUCGAAGACUACUGUGAAACCUCGUUAAUCCGGACGCCCUCUCCUCUCAUCAUUGGGAAGAUCAUCGUUAUUUAUGAAGACGCCCUGUAAUUACGAUUCAUUUACCGAGCACCUGUUUAUCCAGACUCAUUGAGAAACGUACAGUCCGGAUUAACGGGUUUCCCCGUAUGUGAAAACUGACACUCAAACCAUGAGAUAGAGACUCGCUUUUCAAGUGCAAGGCCAGAAUUCUUGUCGUUGAUGUUGAUAAUACCUCACUUAUGCAACCGUGUUAUGAUUACCCUCCUUUUGUAUUAUCAUGAACUUUGUCUUCUACCAUAGUUUUCUGGGUAGUUCAGCGGAUACAUAUUUCGAUCGUCAUCGAAGACUUCGGUUCGAUUCUCCAGUAAAUGAAGUCAGUGAAUGAAGUCCAUAUUUGGAUUUACAUCCUCUGCGUUCUCUCGGUUUACGUACAGUGGCGAUGGGCAUUAUGAACCCUGCCCGAUUUCAAUUUAACCCACAGGGCAAAAUGCUUUCCAUUUAACCUACUGAGGCACAAUGCUUUCCAUAUAUCGAACCUGAUUCCAUAUGCUUUCCAUUUAACCUACUGAGCCACAGUUCUUUCCAUUGACUGUAUCCGACUCCAUAUGCUUUCCAUUUAACCCACUCGACGUCAGAAGCUUUCCAUUUAACCAGCUUUACGCCGGAAUGUUUGCCAUUUGUAACCUACUUGAAACACGAUUUGCAUUUCACAUACUUCGCAAUCAAUCUUUCAUCGACUUUGUUAAAAUGAAGCAUUAACAUAGAAUAUAGCAAAGGUGUCUUGACUUCAUCGGACUUACAUGCAUCAGAUCAUUGUAAGGGACACAAUGUCAUGUUACCGUGUGUUACAGAGUAUUGUAUGUUUGUACAUUAACAUUGCUGUUCGUCAUCUCCUUAUGAGGACCUAUGUGUAGAUUUGACUCUUCAUCUCAACCAUUGUGUUAACGCUGUCGAAUUCAUUUUGCCUUUGACAAUGACGAUUUAUGACAAUCAGAUGACUUUUGUGAAUUCUUCAUGGACCUGCGUUGUAUGAUCUAGUGACGCAUUGUUAUGUCUAAAUGCAACGAACGUAACGUUCCGACAUCUUCUUGAGUCUAGAAUGAGUGAGUGCACGUUGUUUUACGCCGCACAAGCGUUACGAUCGUAUUGUGGAAUUUGGCCGAGUCAGAUAAAAACAUUUCAAGAAUAUCAUUACAUACAGAGAUGUCAACAUAAGACAAAAUCAUCAAAAGUUUCUGUUCAAAUUCUUAUGUGACAAUUGUUACCGUAUCUACAACACGUUAGCAUCAUUCUGACACCUACAGUAGUGCAUGUGGAGUGAUACUCCUGUAAUCCGUCCCCCGUUAAUCGAGAUCCUGUGCUAUCCAGACGAGUACCGCCACAUCAUUAAAUAUGUACAUAUAAUUUACAAAGAACCUAUGAUUCGUCAGGAUUUCGUUAUACCGAAUCUGUACCGUCCUUAUAAACGGGGUUCGCUUUAAAUGUGGAUUAAAUAAACAAGACCAUUUAUAUGGCUGAUUGUUGUCUAUAGUAAUUCCAUCCCAAUGACGUCACGUUAAGUCCAUUAUGUUGAGGAUGUCCAUUAUAUCCAGGUUUCUCUUUUAUCUAGAGGGCUUAGUGUCACAGCUUUUCUGAUCGUAAUCUUUACACAACUAACAUCGAUCGGUUUGAAUGAAUCGUCGACUCUAUUAGAUUAUGUUGAGUAUUAAAGUUGAUAUUGAGUCAAUUAAAAUCUUUAUACGGAGUAGGAAUGCGAACAUUACGUAGUCGUAAAUGCGAACAUGACGAACUAAGAUAAGCGGACAUUAUUUUGAAGGAUAUGCGAAGACUACGAAGUCAGCAAUGCCGACAUUACGAAGUAGUUAAUGUGAACAUUGCAGAGUAAGAUAUGCAGACAUCGACGUAGGAUAUGCUGACAUUACGGAGCAGGAUAUGCUGACAUUACGGCUGACAUUACGGAGCAGGAUAUGCGGACAUUACGGAGCAGGAUAUGCUGACAUUACGGUGCAUGAUAUGCUGACAUUACGGAGCAGGAUAUGCUGACAUUACGGAGCAGGAUAUGAUGACAUUACGGUGCAUGAUAUGCUGACAUUACGGAGCAGGAUAUGCUGACAUUACGGAGCAGGAUAUGCUGACAUUACGGAGCAGGAUAUGAUGACAUUACGGUGCAUGAUAUGCUGACAUUACGGAGCAGGAUAUGAUGACAUUACGGAGCAGGAUAUGCUGAUAUUACGGAGCAGGAUAUGCUGACAUUACGGAGCAGGAUAUGCUAAUACUACGAAGUCCAAAAUGUGGACAUUACGAAGUAGUUAAUGUGGACAUUACGGCGUAGGAUAUGCGGACAUUGUGAAGAUGAAAAUGUGGACAGUACGGAGUAUGACAUGUGGACAUUAGACAGUAGGAUAUGCGGACUUGGAAAUGCGAACAUUACGAAGUACACGAUGUGGAUUAGGAAAUGAUCUCCCAACCUGACGGGGUUGGCCCUACGUCUCUUCCACUUUGUUGUACCAUAUACUUGCCUUGACUUCCAGAGUUACUUUGUUAUUGUUUAUUUCAUCAUGACUUGUUAUCGGGCGAUAAGAUAUCAACACACACAUGUAUGUAUCAUAUGUAAAUAAAUAUUUAUACUUAUAA